AUGAGUGAGGCGGGAGAGACCACCCUCACGGAGGUGGCUGCUUCCAUCUCCCCUCAAGCCUCGUGUAAACCCUUGGCAUCCUUGGGAGGCGGAGACCGGGCCCUAGCCCUUGACACAGGCCACCUCAGCGGGGAUGAGAUCCCCAAGGCCACUGCUGGGGACUCCAAGGGAAAGGAGCCCAAGAAGGUCAUCGCUGAGAGGGUCCUAGGCUCUGUCGUAUGGUUUAACGUGAAGAAUGGGUAUGGCUUCAUCAGCAGGCACGAUACCCAGGAAGAUGUGUUUGUUCACCAUUCGGCCAUCACCUGGAACACCUCCCGCAAGUACCAAGGCACCGUGGAUGAUGGCGAGACGGUGGAGUUCGACGUGGUGCAGGGCGAGCGGGGCACUGAGGCUGCUAACGUAACCGGGCCAGCGGGCGCGCCACUGAAGGGAAGCCGCUACACUUCCCACCGCGCCAGCACCCGCCGGGGCUUCAGCACCCACCGCCAUGAGCCACCUCCGCGAAGUCCCAAGAGCGCAGAGAACGGCGUUGAUGAACGUGAUGGCAGCGGCGAAGGCUUCACUGCGGCCCAGGGCCUCAGACGCCCUCUGCCUGGCCACUCCCAAGACCAACAACUGAGCCGUUUCCCGCCCUCCCGCAGGGCCCCAUCUGUGACCCGCCACCCGUGGAUCCAGGUUACCACCAGCGGCCCCCUGUCCGACCAGCAGCCUGGGUCCAACCCCACUGCAAGGCAGGAGGGGCAUCCUCAGCGGGGUCGGGGCCUUAGCUACCUGCUGAGUCGCCCUAGGGCCGGAGGCCCUAGACGCUCACCAGGCAUCCCAGAAGAGCUGGAGGCAGAACACAGCGAGAGAGGGCCCGAAGCCGGCAGCAAUCCUCCACAGAGGCCCCCUCCACGCUAUGGAUCCUGCCGUCCCAGUAACCGGCGCCGCCGCCCGCAGCAAGUUCCUGGUGCCCAGGAACAGGAUUCCGAGGGAGGAGAGAGCACGAUCAGGAAGAGCCCCACUGAAACACCUUCUUCUGUCGCUGUGGCAAAGAACAACGACGCCCCUAAAAAGGAGAACCCCUUGGUCAUGGAUGCGCCCUCUGCCGCCCAGGCCUAG